ACUGUGGAGGAUACGGAAAUUAUUUACUGCUGUUUAAGGAUAAACAUCGAUAUAAGACUACAUAUAAAAAUAAUAACAGAGGAAAUACACGUAGAAGUGUUCAAAAGAAAAUGGCUCAUCUUGGAGUUCUAAGUUUUGUUACGAUCGUGUGUCUCAGUAUAAGACGAUCUGACAGCUAUAAUGAUUUCAACAACAAUUAUGACGGCACACUGAACUUUGAAUGUGCAUCUAAAAAGCAGGCUAUUAGCUCUGUAUACAGUGUUUAUGAUUAUGAAGCCAAGGACAGAAAAUUCCGCAUCCAGUGCAAAGACGUACCAGGUGUAUAUGGUCCGAGAAAGUGUGAGCACUCGAUAAACUGGGAAAAUGGUUUGGGCGGUCUGUUAGCAUUCCAGUGUAGGUCAAAUAUGUACAUUGUUGGCAUGAAAAGUAAACACAACAAUGUUGUCGAGGACAGAAGAUGGACCUUUCACUGUUGUGGAUUUAAUGACUUUCAUCUAUAUGAUUGUGAGUUUACAGGAAGGACCAAUGAUUACAUUAGAGUACAAGACUUUAGUGUACCUGACGGAAAAGUUAUAAAGGGGGUCAUUUCUGUCCAUAAGAGUGCCGCAGAGGACAGAAUAUACAUAUACAAUGUUUGCAAAGUCAAGAAAUGGUGAUAAACAUAACUCAAACAGGACAAGACCAAAGUGGCACAGGAAAAACACUGACUAUCUGCACUUGACCUGACUAAAUUCCUACUCAACAACAGUAUUCAUGUUCAAGAGCACGGCCUUCGUAUUAAUGUGAAAAUAUCAGAAUUGUUAAAACAUGUGGAAAAAUAUGCUGAGUAAUAAAAACCAUACAGCAAUGUUAUCGAAGUGGACCUUAUGAUAACGAUACAAUUGAUUUUCUUCUAUUUCACAUCACAUUUCAAAUGUGUCACUUGGACUUGUCCAUGGAUCCUACAUAUUCUACAGACAACUAGUGUGUGUUUUGUAAAUAGAUUUUCUUCAUACAGUAUACUUUAACACUGUCAUUUUCUUUAUUACUAGCGAGUAAAGGUACUUUUUAAUUUUAAAAAUGUUUACAUAAGUCUGGAGUUGCGGAUGUUUUUUCAUCAAUCUCGUAAAUAAUUUAAAUGUUCCAUUCCCUUUUUUGGGUCAGUGUCCAUUCAUAGGUUAAAAUAUAAACGUUUUGAAUUGUUUCAUUUAUAUUACUGUAAAAUCAUUAAAUUUCAUGGACAUGAAUUUUCGUGGUUUUGGUCAAAUCGGCAAUUUCGUGGGGAUAUGAAUUCGUGGAUUUCAACCUUUGGACAUAAACUGAAUGGGAAUUUUACUUGUUCGUUGGGAUUAAAUUUCGUGGAUUAAAUCAACCAUGAAAUCCACGAAAAUUAGUUCCCCACGAAUAUUCAUGAUUUCACAGUAUUCGGUAAUUUGGAUUGCCUUUGCACUAAGCUGACGUAUACCCAAUGACUUUAAAAAUGCCUCACCUAUAUUAUAUGGCAAUUAUAUAACUCUUGCAACGUGUAUACAAGUAUUAUUAUAUUCGCUUAUUAUUAUCCACUAAAUCUGAUCCGAUAUGGUGGUUUCUUUUGUGAUACUUGAAGCGUGACUCUUGUCGCACGUGCACGUGUAACGCGUGUAGUAAGUCACGUUAUACAAAAAUCACAGUACGCUUUUAUCAGAAUCAAAUGUUAUUACAUGCUGAAGUCAGUUAUAAAAUCAUCAACAAACAUUUUAUCAAAAUUUUCCGACUUUAGUUAUAUAAAAGAUCCAUUCAUUAUAAUUAAUAAUGAUUCGUAUUCUUACCAAAAGUAGGUGUUUGUCAAAAUCUUUUCUUGAAAUGUUAUAAAGCGAAAAUAGAGAGCUACCAAAAUAAAUUAUACUAGACAGGCUGCGGAUCUAGCGUGAACGUUUGAAAUUUAGUCAACGUCGCCUUUCUCAAAAUCUUUUCUUGAAAUGUUAUAAAGAGAAAAUAACACCAAUCAGUUAUAUCGGCAUUGGAGAGUCAUCAAGAAAGGCUAUCUAUGGAUCUAGAAUCUGCGCAUGACACCACCAUGUGAACGUUUUAAGUUACGUCAACUUAUUCUAAGUUGGCGUGUUGAAACGUUAUUUAAAUCAUCCUUUAAUCAUUGGACAAACUGGUCAAUUUGUUAUCUUUUAACGAUGUAACGACUUAAAGACCUGCUCCAUUCCUACCUUUUAACCUUAAAUUGUCACCGAAAAAGCAUGAAAAUCCUGACUAUAAACAGCGACGCCUGUCAAAAUAGAGUCUAUUUUAUACAAAUUCUAUAUAGAAUACCUGUGGGUUUACGUGCUAAAGUGUGGCGCAUGGUCGUUAACUGUUACCUGUUGUAGUCAUGGGCUGCAUACACACAAUAGAAUUUGAAUAGCCACGGAGCAGGGCUUUAAACGGAUAUUCAAUAUUCUUAUCCGGCGACUAUAUAUGAGCUUCGUGAACAGUAGUCACGCUUCGUUUAGCACAGACAAUAUUAUCACCUAAAUACCCGUGUCUAUUACGCAAUCAAUAAAUCAUACAUGUUCCUUAAACAAAUUUCUAACAUAUUAAUAUAUGAAAAGUAAAGAAUGCCAUAAUGUGACUGACCACCUUUAAUACAACAAAUAUAACGUUGAUGUCUAUUUAAUUAGUAACAAUCUGUCAUGAAAGUACAUUUCACAUUCUGUUUACGUGUAAUUUGAUCUAUACAUAGAGUAUUAAAAUAUGUAAUUACUCGGA